AGCUUGUUUAUACGUCUGAUCAAAUUUUAACCAAUGAUACAUUCGCUUGUCAUGUCACCGACGUCGGUGGACCAAUAAUCUAUUAUACUCACGCCAAGCCUUGCCCCCAACGCACAGUAGUCAUUUACACAAAGUGAAGUUACGAUUUCUGUCACCAUGGCUGACGAGUGGAAGGAGUGCAUGGACCACUGUUUGGAGGUGACCAAAGAAGCGGGGAAGAUGAUCCGUGCAGCGCUCCAGAAGGACAUAGCCAUCAUGCAGAAGAGCUCUCCGGUGGAUCUGGUGACUGAGACGGACCAGAAGGUGGAGCAGCUCAUCAUCUCCUCCAUCAAGGAGAAGUAUCCCACACACAGUUUCAUAGGGGAGGAGUCAGUAGCCGCUGGUGCCCCCAGCAUCCUGACAGACAACCCCACCUGGAUCAUCGACCCCAUCGAUGGGACCACCAACUUUGUACACAGGUUCCCCUUUGUGUCUGUGUCGAUCGGCUUUGCUGUGAAGAAAGAGAUAGAGUUCGGUAUCGUUUACAGCUGCAUAGAGGAUAAGAUGUACACUGCUCGGAAAGGGAAUGGAGCGUUCUGUGAUGGAGUCCCCAUCAAGGUGUCUGGGCAGGAAGACAUCACUAAGUCCUUGGUGCUCACGGAGAUGGGUUUCAAGAAGGACCCUGAGCACUUCAAAACAAUGAUGGCCAACAUCAAGACCAUCCUCUCCAUCCCUGUACAUGGGAUUCGUUCACCGGGCAGUGCGGCGGUAAACAUGUGUCUGGUUGCGUGCGGCGCAGCGGACGCCUACUACCACAUGGGCAUCCACUGCUGGGACAUGGCGGCGGGCGCCGCCAUCAUCAGAGAGGCAGGCGGAGUCAUCACAGACAUCUCAGGAGGACCGUUUGACCUGAUGUCCAGGAGGCUGAUCAUCGCUAGCAGCAGGACCAUCGCAGAACACAUCGCCUCUAAAAUGACUGUGUUCCCCUGUGGACGGGACGACUUGGAGGACUAGAGACACACACAUACACACUAUAUGUAUGUUUACACUGCUUGUGAUUGGCAGGUCCGGAUUUAAGUUCUGCCUUAUCUUUUAAAGUUGUGAUAUUGACCUCCUGUUAGAUGCCGCGUGGACUUGUGGGAACAUGUCAGUAUUUUCAGGUAGUUUCACUUCAUUUAUCAAGCAGUAUCUCCUUUUCGGCUACUCCAGGGCUUUGACUUGUUAUUUAUAUGUUUUUUGGGCUUUUUCUUAGUAAAUCUUUUGUCUAUGUCAGUGAUAUCACCUCUAUCCUGUAGAGAUAUGUACAACUACAUACUGUACUUCAACAAGAUAUCAGUGAAACAAAGCCAUCCUUGCAAUUCUCCACCCCUGGGGCUCUGGAAAUGCACUCUUAAGUCAACAUUUUAGUAGUGAAAUUGGUUGUUUCUCACUCUGCGUUCCUGUGUAAGAUGUGUAUAGAUCUUAACUUAUCGCAGCCAAUUGCUUUUGUGUUUGCAGGAAAUGAAAGUAACAUGAAAGUUCAGAAAGCCAUUAUUGUUUUUCAGACCGAGCAGUAGCUUCCUUACCUUGUAACAACUAUGGUUUGAUUGAAAGAAAUAUAGAUGAGUAUUCUGUAAAUAACAAUGUGUAAUAACUAUGGUAUAUUAUUUCAGUGAGUCAUCUAAUGUACAUUUGGUGUUUGAAUAUCAGGAAAAACAUCACAUUUUGUUUGUUUUUUAGGACCAACUUUGCUGCCAUUUAAAGGGUAGCGAUUCUGUUGUGGUGGUGGGAGGGAGGAGGAGUGUUGAAACAAGUGUGGAUGAGUUACGCAAGGUCGGCAAGACUGGAAUGUCAAAAUGCAUCUUAAUAUUGACUUGAUCUCUAUGUCUGAUUCUUACCAUCCCCGCUUUCUUCUCUGUUCUCAGGAAACUGAAACAAUGAUUCCAUAUGUUUCCCACUGUCCCCCAUGAGUCACUGCAUAUCACGUCUGGAAACACGCUCUUAAGCCCAAGUACAAAAAGGAGCUAAUGCCACUGUUGCUGCUGUAUCAAAUGUGAAGGCGGCAUACUUGCUCUACAAGUCCAACAUUCUUUUAUUAGUCUGCAAUCAUACACAAACGCAUACUGCAGAUGUGGAUUUCCUCCUCAAUAAAGCAUAUGAACAUAUAGUG